UGUGGAGGGGGCUUCGUGUUACUGGAGAUUAUUAUUAUAAUUAAUUUAUUGUGCUUUUUAAUAUAAAUAAUUUUGUUUCCAAAGCAAUUUUGGCCUGCUUUAGGUGCCUUUUUCUUGUCGCAAUUAUUAAAUGCCUCUCUCUGUGGGGAAAAUAGAAAAAGAGGGGAAAAUUUGUUGAGGAUAAGAGCGAAAUUUUUAGAACUUGGUUUUCCCCAAUUUUCUCCACCCCCUGCUCCGAGCUCUCCGGUAAUUAAAGUCCUUACUCGUACAGUAAAAGUUAUUAUGUAUUGAUGCUGUAACUACUGCUGCUGCUGGAAUUGCGGCGAAAAAGAGCGGAUUUUUAGCGAGCUUCGUUUUUUGGAGCUGUUCAGCGUGGGCAUGCAGAAAAGCCCCGUCCAAUCUCAGCCGUCGAUGCAGAGCCCGCGAUUGGCCUUCGGCCCCAACCCCCCGGACGGCGCUGGCGCCAUCUAUAAACCCAUUGCCUCCACCUCUCCGCCCUCUCCCUUCCAACAUGGCGGCGGUGAGGGCGCUGCGGCAGCGGCCCCUCUGCCGCCGCACGGGCUCACUAUCAAUGUGGGAGCGGGAGAGCCGGUGAUGAAGCGGAAGCGGGGGCGGCCGAGGAAGUACGGGCCAGACGGCAGCAUGGCGCUGGCGCUGGGACAUGCGUCACCGUCACCGUCUGCUUCAGCUCUGCAAGGACACAUGUCGCAUUCUGGGUUCUCGCCUUCCUCUGCUGGGAUGGCGAAUCUGGCGGCUUCUGCAUCUCCUGAUGCUGUAAAGAAGGCGCGGGGCAGGCCGCCAGGUUCCGGCAGGAAGCUUCAGAUGGCGGCUCUUGGAUCAGCGGGGAUUGGAUUUAUUCCACAUAUUAUUACUGUUAAGGCAGGAGAGGAUGUAUCAUCAAAGAUAAUGUCAUUUUCUCAGCAAGGACCACGGGCUGUUUGUAUACUUUCAGCAAAUGGUGCUAUAUCAAAUGUGACUCUUCGUCAAGCAGCAACUUCUGGUGGCACAGUAACAUAUGAGGGCCGGUUUGAGAUCUUGUCAUUGUCUGGCUCAUUUCUGCUGUCAGAGAGUGGUGGUCAGCGGAGUCGAACUGGUGGGCUGAGUGUUUCACUGGCGGGUCCCGAUGGCCGUGUCUUGGGUGGUGGAGUGGCAGGACUCCUCACUGCGGCAUCACCAGUCCAGGUGGUUGUGGGAAGCUUUAUUGCAGACGGGAAGAAACAGCCGAAGCAGAAGCAUCCAAAACCUUUGGAUCUUGCAUCUGCCCCGGGGAUGUUCGGCUCAGUUGGUCCAGCAGGGCCCAGCAGUCCUCCCUCUCGAGGCACGAUGAGCGAGUCGUCGGGUGGUGGGGCUGGAAGCCCGCUGAAUCAAAGCACCGGCGGCACGUAUAACCACAGCAACCAACCGGGCUUGCCGAGCAUGCCCUGGAAGUAACUUACAGAUGCUUAAGAGUCUCCUUGUAGUCCCCAUAGCGGCCCCUUUUUUAAAAGAACUUUCACCGCAGGUGAACUGAGAAUACUAGUUAUGCGUAUGUAGGGGUAGAAAUUGCUGCUAUCUUGUCUGUUUCCAUCAGGUGGGGUGUGUCUGUUUAUUAGUUAGUAUCUGUAGAGUGUUGUAGUGAUCUCUUAUCUCUCACAAAGAGAAAAGAAGAAAAAGGGGGGGAGAAAAAAAAAAAAAGGAAAAGCGAAAGAGUGUUGUAACGAGUUAGUCUUCGUAGCAAGGUAAUGUCGUAAUGUCUCAGCUGUUGUAUGCGGGGGGUCACAGGGUGGUUCGCAAUGCACUGAUUGUGAGAUUGUUGUCAGCAGAUUUGCAGCUAGGAGGUGUAGUGUUAGUAUAGAUUGAAAUCAAUCAUCAAUGUAAUGCUAAAUGUUGUUUUACUUCUCGGUUGAUUGGAUUUGGAUGUGGAUCGAACACAAAUUUGAACUGAA